AUGUGGUUAGUAAUCGUUUUACUGGGCUUGGUGUCCAUUGUCAGUGGCGAGUACUUUGAGAACUAUUACAACGAGAUUGACAUAGAUGAUGAGCUGGCAGAUAUGAAGACUCGCAACGCGUUGCAAAAUCCUUGGCAACGUUGGCCCAAUACCCAAAUGUAUUAUCGCCUCUCCAGCGAAUUGAGCGACGAUGAAAAGUCGAAUGUUCGCUCUGCGUUGGCCGUGUUUAACGAGCAGACCUGUCUGCAGUUCGAGGAGGUGGAAGCAUCAGCUCCGCGUCGCUAUGUCUACUACAAAAAGUCACCCAAUAUGUGCGGCACACGAGUGGGUUACAAUCCUGUGCCACUUUUGGGCGGCAGCUCUCACGAUGUCGUCCUCACCGGGCACUGUCUAAGCAAGGCGGGAAUUAUCCAGCAUGAGACACUGCAUGUGCUGGGCUUGUAUCAUGAGCAGAGUCGUCACGAUCGCGAUGAUCAUGUGGUCAUCGAUUACGAUAAUAUUCCACGCAAAUAUUGGUCACAAUUUAUGGCCAUGUCGGAUUCAGCAACCACCACCUACGAUGUGCCCUAUGACUUCGAGAGUGUUAUGCACUACCCUAAGAAUGCCUUCGCCAAGGAUCCCAGCAAGCCGACAAUACGUGCUCUGGUCGAUGGAGCUGCGGUGGAGCGAGAGAUGGGCCAAGUGGUGGCGCCUUCUGAGGGCGAUCUAUUCAAAGUGCGCCAGAUGUACAAUUGUUAG